AUGAAUUAUCUAUCGCCUUUAAUUCAUGUAUGUAAGAGGCAGAUCUCAACAUCGUCUGUAUUGAGUGGAAAACGCAAUUUUAGGAAAUUUCUUUUAUACAACAAGAGAGGAACGAGAAUAUUCAAAGCAGAACGACAUUUAAGCAAUCCAGACAUGCCUAUUGACAAAAAAGGUGUACGAGAUACAGGAAAAAUAAUUAAGGGUCAAUUUAUGGAGAUUCCAGAAAUGAAGCCAGAAAUUAUUGUUCCGGAUUUAACAGGCUGCAAGUUUAAGCCUUAUGUCACAUAUAAAGCAACAGAUGUUGUACAGACAGAAUUCACAUCGCAAGAUUUAUUUAAUGCUAUUUAUGCUCAGAAAAUCAUUGAUGAUUUUAAGAAUGAGAAAUUGAAUGAGGAUGGAAGCAGUUUGGAACCGUCAGAACAUGAAGAAUUGACUCCCGAAGAAGCAUGGGCGAAGGCAAGAAAAACUGGAUCAGAUUUGUUUUAG